AUGUCAGGCUUCGACGACCCCGGCAUUUUCUACAGUGACAGCUUCGGGGGCGACAACGCGGCCGAUGAGGGACAGGCCCGCAAAUCGCAGCUGCAGAGGCGCUUCAAGGAGUUCCUCCGACAGUACCGGGUGGGGACCGACCGCACCGGCUUCACUUUCAAGUACAGGGAUGAACUCAAGCGGCAUUAUAACCUGGGGGAGUACUGGAUCGAGGUGGAGAUGGAGGACCUGGCCAGCUUCGACGAGGAGCUGGCUGACUACCUGUACAAGCAGCCAGCCGAGCACUUGCAGCUGCUGGAGGAAGCUGCCAAGGAGGUGGCUGACGAGGUGACCCGGCCGCGGCCUGCUGGUGACGAGGUACUCCAGGACGUCCAGGUCAUGCUCAAGUCGGACGCCAGUCCGUCCAGCAUCCGUAGCCUGAAGUCGGACACGAUGUCACACCUGGUGAAGAUCCCGGGCAUCGUGAUUGCAGCCUCAGGGGUCCGCGCCAAGGCCACCCGCAUCUCCAUCCAGUGUCGUAGCUGCCACAGCACGCUCACCAACAUCGCCAUGCGCCCCGGCCUGGAGGGCUAUGCCCUGCCCCGGAAGUGCAACACGGAUCAGGCUGGGCGCCCCAAGUGUCCACUGGACCCGUACUUCAUCAUGCCAGACAAGUGCAAGUGCGUGGACUUCCAGACCCUGAAGCUGCAGGAGCUGCCAGACGCUGUGCCGCAUGGGGAGAUGCCCCGGCAUAUGCAGCUCUACUGUGACCGGUACCUGUGUGACAAGGUCGUCCCUGGGAACAGGGUCACCAUCAUGGGCAUCUACUCCAUCAAGAAGUUUGGCCUGACCUCCAACAGGGGCCGCGACAGAGUGGGUGUGGGCAUCCGGAGCGCCUACAUCCGGGUCCUGGGCAUCCAGGUGGACACAGAUGGCUCCGGCCGCACCUUUGCCGGCGCCGUGACCCCGCAGGAGGAGGAGGAGUUCCGACGGCUGGCUGCCCUCCCCAACGUCUAUGAGCUCAUCUCCAAGAGCAUCGCCCCCUCCAUCUUUGGGGGCACUGACAUGAAGAAGGCCAUCGCCUGCCUGCUCUUCGGGGGCUCCCGAAAGAGGCUGCCAGACGGCCUCACUCGCCGAGGAGACAUCAACCUAUUAAUGCUGGGGGACCCGGGGACGGCCAAGUCCCAGCUGCUGAAGUUCGUGGAGAAGUGCUCCCCCAUCGGGGUGUACACGUCUGGGAAGGGCAGCAGCGCAGCCGGCCUGACAGCCUCGGUGAUGAGGGACCCCUCGUCCCGGAACUUCAUCAUGGAGGGCGGAGCCAUGGUCCUGGCCGACGGAGGGGUCGUCUGUAUUGAUGAGUUUGACAAGAUGCGAGAGGAUGACCGUGUGGCAAUCCACGAAGCCAUGGAGCAGCAGACCAUCUCUAUCGCCAAGGCUGGCAUCACCACCACCCUCAACUCCCGCUGCUCCGUCCUGGCUGCUGCCAACUCGGUGUUCGGCCGCUGGGAUGAAACAAAGGGGGAGGACAACAUCGACUUCAUGCCCACCAUCCUGUCCCGCUUCGACAUGAUCUUCAUCGUCAAGGACGAGCACAACGAGGAGAGGGAUGUGAUGCUGGCUAAACACGUCAUCACGCUGCAUGUGAGCGCACUGACGCAGGCCCAGGCCGUGGAGGGCGAGAUCGACCUGGCCAAGCUGAAGAAGUUCAUCGCCUACUGCCGCACGAAGUGUGGCCCCCGGCUGUCAGCAGAGGCCGCAGAGAAGCUGAAGAACCGGUAUAUCAUCAUGCGGAGCGGGGCCCGUCAGCACGAGCGGGACAGUGACCGGCGCUCCAGCAUCCCCAUCACCGUCCGGCAGCUGGAGGCCAUCGUGCGCAUCGCUGAGGCCCUCAGCAAGAUGAAGCUGCAGCCCUUCGCCACGGAGGCAGACGUGGAGGAGGCGCUGAGGCUCUUCCAGGUGUCCACGCUGGACGCCGCCUUGUCCGGCACCCUGUCAGGGGUGGAAGGCUUCACCAGCCAGGAGGACCAGGAGCUGCUGAGCCGCAUUGAGAAGCAGCUCAAGCGCCGCUUCGCCAUCGGCUCCCAGGUGUCUGAGCACAGCAUCAUCCAGGACUUCACCAAGCAGAAAUACCCGGAGCACGCCAUCCACAAGGUCCUGCAGCUCAUGCUGCGGCGGGGCGAGAUCCAACACCGCAUGCAGCGCAAGGUCCUCUAUCGCCUCAAGUGA